AUGGAAGUCAAUAUAAGAACCAAAGAUCUCUGUUUUGGUUAUGUGUUGCGGACGGGCGACGACAGGGAGAACCGUAUCAUUAAUUUGAAAGAUAUCAACACAAAACUACACGAAACGCAAGUGAUGNNAAGCGAUCGACCAGUUGAACGAUUCCGUACAGAAUGUCGAGAAAUGCGAUCAGUGCUGGAGUUAGACAUACCAUCCCAUCACUAG